AUGGAUGGUAGGGAAGGGUGGCGCGUGAUUACAUGCGCGGCUGCUGCGCAGGAUAAGACGAUAAUCAACCGAGUAAUGCUCAGAUUCCGGCCGAUUGCGCCGAAACCAGCAACUGACGGCUCAAGCUCUAGCUUCUGGAAGCCAGAUAACAAGAACGGUGUGGUUACUAGUGUAAGGACCAAGAGAAAGUACGUUAGGGUUAAGAAGAGUAACGAAUACUACAAAAGAAGAAGAAAAAAGAAAUCAUCAGAUCUUGAAAGAGCUGGUAGAGAAGAUGAUUCAAACAAGAAGCUUUCCACGCUCCAGCUACUUCCAGAGAAAACUGAUCUAACACAAGAUUCACCCAUAGACAAAGGAUCUAGCAGUGGUGUUGAUCGCACCGUCAGAAAAGAACAUGUGCAACAGCGUACAGAUCCAUCCGAGUUGUUAAACUCCAGAAAACUAAUAAGUGAUGAUCUAAGUUGCCUUGCCGUCACAGAUCGGACGGCGGCGAUAGCUGAGAAGAGAACAAUAGAGACGUUGGUGACAGUGGAGAGCGUGACAGACACGUGCAUGGAUUUGGUAGGAUGGUUAGGGGGCACGGACGCGGAAAUAAUAAAUAAUCUGAAGGAGGACACGUGUCCUGGGUUUAUAUCGGACGGUAUUAGUAGAGUAGAUUGGGUGAACGAAGCUUAUAAGAAGAUGGUGUUGUUGAGGCCGGAAAAUGACGACGGGAAGCAGCUGUCGGUGGAACAAAUUACGGUGAGGGUGUUGAUAAAAGAGAAACUAUUGCCAUACCUGUACUACCCAGCGUUUACGUGCUGGGUUAGGUUACAAUACGCGUGGCAGGAGAAAUUCUCACAGAUGGUUCCGUGUGAUGUGUGGAAGAUGGAGUCCGGUGGGUUUGCAUGGAGGCUAGACGUUAAGGCAGCUCUAAGUUUGGGUCUUUGA